UGCUUUCAGGCUUCCCGUACUUGAGUUCUAAGUCACUGGCCUCCAUUGAGGAAACCCCGCCCACGCUAUCUUGACACUUGCUCUGCUGGAAAACUGUUCCCUUUGAGUGCAUGUGUUUUCAAACCAAAUCAUGGAAGAGGCGUCUCCACCUCUGCGAUGUUUUUAUGAAUCACAUUCCUCUGAGCUUUUUAACGAUGACGGCGUGCAAACGGUGACCUCGAAAGAACAGAAAAAAGUUGAAUGCAGUAUUCAAGAGGUAUACAGUGUUUACCAGCAAAUUCACACCUCGCCGCAGCCCGCUUUACUGAGGGAACAACACUAUCAUUAUCUGAAGAAAGGUUUACGCCAUCUAUCUGAUGCAUAUGAGUGUUUGGAUGCCAGCCGGCCUUGGCUCUGCUAUUGGAUCCUGCAUAGUCUGGAGCUGCUAGAGGAGCCUGUGCCGACAGCUGUUGCCUCAGAUGUGUGCCAGUUUCUGGCCAGAUGUCAGAGCCCGAAAGGUGGCUUUGGUGGAGGUCCGGGUCAGCACGCUCACCUGGCACCUACCUACGCAGCUGUCAACGCUCUUUGCAUUCUGGGUACAGAGGAGGCUUACAAAGUCAUCAACAGAGAGAAGCUCCUGGACUUCCUGUACUCUGUGAAGCAGCCAGAUGGCUCCUUUGUGAUGCAUGUGGGCGGGGAGGUGGACGUCAGGAGUGCAUAUUGUGCAGCUUCUGUGGCAUCACUCACUAAUAUCAUCACUCCCACCCUGUUUGAUGGGACGCACAAUUGGAUUCUAAGCUGUCAGAACUGGGAGGGCGGUUUAGGUGGAGUACCAGGACUUGAGGCACAUGGUGGCUACACCUUCUGUGGUACUGCUGCCCUAGUUAUACUGGGCAAAGAACACAUGCUGGAUCUCAAAGCCUUGUUACGCUGGGUAACCAGCAAACAAAUGCGUUUUGAAGGUGGAUUUCAAGGCCGCUGUAACAAGCUGGUGGAUGGUUGUUACUCCUUUUGGCAAGCAGGACUAUUACCGUUACUCCACAGGGCUCUUUUUAAAGAAGGAGACUCAACGCUGAGUGUGAGUAGCUGGAUGUUUGAGAGAAAGGCCCUGCAGGAAUACAUCCUCCUCUGCUGCCAGAAUCCUGGUGGAGGCCUUCUGGACAAACCGGGCAAGUCUAGAGAUUUCUACCACACAUGCUACUGUCUGAGCGGACUCUCAAUUGCACAGCAUUUUGGAAGCAAAGACCUCCAUAACGAGCUGAUCCUCGGUCGAGACGAGAACAGACUGGCACCAACUCAUCCAGUUUACAACAUCUGUCCAGAGAAGGUCGCCAAAGCGAUUGAACAUUUCCACCGGUUACCUGUUCCAUUUCAGGCGGGAGCUACGCCAAGUGCGAUGGACCAGUCAUAGACUUUUCCUCUUUUUUUUAUUUUAAACAUUUUUGGGAAUUUGAGCUAGCUUGACCUAAGGCAGAAGCAUCUUCUGUAAAUGCUGUACCCAAAUGUCCUUUUGUGGUCUGUACAGCAUCUACAGGUGGGGAAACACUCCGAGGGCCUGAUAUACUACAGCUUCAGCAUUGGGUUAUGGAUUUUAGCCAGGGAAAACAGUAGAGACUGACUAGGCAAGGUGUUUUUCAUGCACCAGUCAUUAAUCGAUAUUUUAUUGCAUAUACCAGCUUAUUUUGGGCUUUGGCAUAUGUUUCCCAGAGUGCAUGUGGAAGUAGGUUCUGGACAGAAAUAAAGACUUGGAUGAAAGUU